GGCUCCUCUGCCUAAACCCCAGAGUAUCCAGGAGGGCGAUCUGAGGCCCAGGCUGGGAGCAUGGGCUGCCCAAGGUGAAACUACAGGGACAGACAUGGCCCCACUGAUGACAACACAGCUGCUGCUCCUUCUCGUGUCGGUGGCCGCAGUAUGGGGUGGCCAGCCCAGGACUAUGCGGGCCAGGACUGAACUUCUCAACAUCUGCAUGGAUGCCAAGUACCAGAAGGAAAAGCCAAGCCCUGAGGACAAAUUGCAUGAGCAGUGCAGUCCCUGGAGGAACAACGCCUGCUGCUCCGUCAACACCAGCCAGGAAGCCCAUAAGGAUAUCUCCUACCUGUACAGAUUCAACUGGGACCACUGUGGAGAAAUGUCAUCUGCCUGCAAACGGCACUUCAUUCAGGACACCUGCUUCUAUGAAUGCUCCCCCAACUUGGGGCCCUGGAUCCAGAAGGUGGACCAGAGCUGGCGCAAAGAGAGGAUCCUGAAUGUGCCCCUGUGCAAAGAGGACUGUGAGAGCUGGUGGGAGGACUGCCGCACCUCCUAUACCUGCAAGAGCAACUGGCACAAGGGCUGGAACUGGACCUCAGGGUAUAACCAGUGCCCAGUGAAAGCUGCCUGCCACUCUUUCAGUUUCUACUUCCCGACACCUGCUGCUCUGUGCAACGAAAUCUGGACUUACUCCUACAAGGUCAGCAACUACAGCCGAGGGAGCGGCCGCUGCAUGCAGAUAUGGUUUGACCCAGCACAGGGCAACCCCAAUGAAGAGGUGGCGAGGUUCUAUGCUGAGAUGAUGAGUGGGGCUGGGUGCCAUAGGAUGGGGCCUCUCCUGUUCACCCUGCCCCUGUUGAUGCUCCGGCUGCUCAGCUGAGUUCCUUCCCCUUCUGUUAUUUACACAUCCCUGCCCUGUUCAGCCUCACAGCUCCUAGCUAUGAGUUCCUGCUCCAUGGCGGCACUUCUGACAACCUGUUUAAAUAAACAGACACUUCACAUA